GCGAUAUUCUCCUUUACAGCAAUCUUGACGUUAUACCUUCACAAUGAACUCAGAUAUUCAGAAGAUGACUCGACCGUCAUAUACCACGUUUGGUCAAUGCUCUGCUAUUUUACGCCCAUCUUGGGAGCCAUCAUUGCUGACACUUUCCUUGGGCGUUUCAGGACAAUUUUCUACAUCUCCAUUGUGUAUGUGCUGGGAAAUGCAGUUCUCUCUGUGUCAGCCGUUCCUCCUGUUUUCCCGGAGCUCAGUACAAAGAUAGGCAUAUCCUUAACUGGACUUUUCCUAAUAGCUCUUGGGACAGGAGGCAUUAAACCAUGUGUGUCAGCCUUCGGUGGUGACCAGUUCGUCCUCCCUCAACAGGAACGGCAACUCACCCAGUUUUUCUCCAUCUUUUACUUCAGCAUCAAUGCUGGCUCGUUGAUUUCAACAUAUGUAACUCCAAUCCUGAGAGACAAUAUCCACUGCUUUGGCAACGAUUGUUAUUCCCUCGCGUUUGGAAUUCCAGCAAUUUUGAUGUUGAUUGCGCUUACUAUCUUUGUGACUGGAUACCUUGCACACCUGUACAAGCUCAUGCCACCCCAGGGUAGUGUUUUGACUGAUGUUUGGUGCUGCAUAUGGCAUGCACUUGGCCGGAAGAUAAAAUCUAAGGAGAGCAAGGAGCACUGGUUGGAUCAUGCUGAGGAUAAAUAUGACAAGGAUCUCAUUAGUGAUGUUAAAAUCUUGGUCAAGAUUCUCCUCUUGUAUAUCCCACUACCAUUCUUCUGGGCAUUGUUUGAUCAACAGGGAUCAAGAUGGACUUUUCAAGCAACUCGCAUGGAUGGACAAAUUGGUAGCUGGACGCUGAAGCCUGACCAGAUGCAGGUGGUGAACCCUCUCUUUAUCCUACUGUUUAUUCCCGUGUUUGAUACCUUCGUAUAUCCUCUACUGGCUCGUUGCAAUCUUCUCAAGAGACAGUUGCCGAGGAUGUUCACAGGUGGUAUCUUGGCAGGAGUGGCAUUCCUAGUUUCAGGGUGUUUGGAACUUAAACUUGAGACGACUUACUCUGUAGCCUUGCAAAGUGGAGAGACAAGAGUAACAUUCAUCAAUGGUCUACCUUGUGACAUUGCACUUAAUGUUACUGGGCAAGAUCCUGAAAUUAAGAUACCCCAGCUUCAGGAACAUAUAAUCAAGAGCAUCAUGAUAAACGAGGCCAACACGACAUUCAAUGUGACUUUAGAAUUUGAUGAACAUAACUGCGGCAAUGUUCGCCAUGGUCUGCCACAUUACGAAAUUGUCGUCCAUGAAGAAACAGCACAUGCUAUUAUGAUCACAGCUGAUUCUACUGUUAUAAAAAUGGUCAACAUUGAGCCACCAGACGAUUAUAUGAAAUCAGACAGCGGACUUCCGAAACUAAGGAUGCUGUACAACCUAGACAUGGUGCCUUUCAACUCAUCAGUGCGUUUGAAGGGAAAAUUUGACACUUACGAUUUUUUUAUUGAAGACACACCCCAGGGACACACGUCUGGUACAAAAUUUAUGGAAGUUGAGCCUGGAAGUUACCAAGUCUUCCUGCCGACACUUGAGGGCAUUCGUGAAGAGGAAGCCUUCACUUCCUUUGAUGUGAAGCUUGGCGGUGUUUACAACUUCCUGGUGCAGAAAUCACUUAUUAAUGUCUCAGAUGCUAUGACGGUGAACGUGUUUGAAGUUACUCCUUCUAACUCUGUGCAUAUAAUGUGGCUGAUACCCCAAUACUUCAUCAUUACGGUCUCGGAAAUUAUGUUCUCAAUUACUGGUCUCGAGUUUUCAUUUACACAGUCUCCCAGUAGUAUGAAGUCAGUUUUGCAAGCUGCCUGGCUACUUACUGUAUCUUUUGGUAACUUGAUUGUGGUGAUCAUUGCGGAAGCCAAGUUCUUUAAAAGUCAGGCAAUGGAAUUCUUCUUGUUUGCUGUCCUAAUGUUUGUCGAUAUGAUUAUAUUUGCUGCACUCGCUGUAUCGUAUAAAUAUGUUGACGAGUUGGCAGAGGCGAAGGCCACAAGUGGUGCUGUCAGUGAUAAAGAAGGAAUAGAUAAUAAAGUUUUCUCAGAUGAUGAAACAAAAUUCUGAUGUAAAACAAAAUAUAUUUCAGAUAGUGAAAUUUACUCAGUGCCGUAAUAAAAUUGAAGUUCAGCCUUUGUAAAGAUUUCUUCACUGAAGUCAUAAUUUCCUUUAUAAUUUGGAAGUGAAUACAGUAGUAUUUUCAGGCAAAAAGAUUUAUGAAGAACAAAUAAAUGUUUUAGUAUUGUACAUAGAUACAAUAAACAUAUUUUAAUCUACACAUUGCCGCAAAACUGUGAUCAUGGAAACGAUGUUUCAGUAGUAUUUAAAAAUAUGUAUCUUACUCUGUUUUCUAGAAUACUGUGGAUUGCAAAAAUGACUCAUUAUCUGAAUGCAUGCCUAAUGUCUUGGGAGACCAUCAGGUCAUCAAAGGCCAACACAUCAUCUGCUUUACUUCAUAGCAGACAGGAGAACACAGCCAUUUCCUUCAGGGGGGACUACUGUAAUCUGAAGCAGGUGAAAGACUCUUAAAUCAAAGAAAUAGUUUUUUUCCUCUCGUACUCUGGAUUAAACCUGAAGACUUCUCAUUUUCCAGGUACAGAAUAACCCACAAUAGGUUUAGUGCCUUCUCAUGAUUAAAGUAAACUUGCUAAAUUAGAAAUCUGUUUCAUGGGUUAAGCAGUGAUUCAGGGUUUCUUCCUCACUACAUCUCUGAGGCUUAAGAAAUAAAAUAUUUAUUGAUAAAAAUAAUUACAUAGAUAUGGGAUAAUGUGAACAUAAUUUAGAUCAUAUUAAGUUCAGCAAAAUGCUUACAAAAAUUCAAACUGAGUGAAAUAAAUUGAGGGGUUUAGCAGGGUAUCAAACAUACAUUGUGCCACAGCAAUGGCUGCCCUGACCUUCACCAGCCUCCAGACACCACUCAUGAUGGUAGGGAAACAUUAUAUGUAAAUUUAAAUAUAGGUGUUAGUUCAACAGCUUUAUUAUACAACACAUGCCCAUCCUGUGUAUACCUGGAGUAUACCUGGAAAGGGUUUUGAGGGUCAACGCCCCCACAGCUCGGUCUGUGACCAAGUCUCGUGGUGGAUCAGGGCUGAUCUGCCAAGCUGUUACUGCUGGCCACAUGCAGAUCAAUGUACGAACUACAGCCUGGCUGGUCUGGUACUAAUUUUAGGUACCUGUCCAGUGCCUUCUUGAAAAUGCUAGGGGUCAAUUGGUAAUUCCCUUUAUGUAUGCUGUCAAUGGUAGUCUAAAGAUUACAGAGCCACAUAAUAGGUCCAGGGACUGGGUCCUAAAGUUACAGUGGUAAUGAACUGUUUACAUCUCUAUGAUCUGGUUGUAUUCAUAUUGAGUAGAAAUGUAUCAUGCUAGUCUAUCUAUGUUUAAGGAGGAAGGACCCAGGAGCUGGACCUCAAUCCACAUAAAUAUAAAAACAGAAUGACCUAAGCAUCAACUAGGUAAAAAACAGAGUCCAUAUAGGCCAUGACAGGGCUCAGUCAUAUCAGUAGGUCAAAAAUUUUAAGACAGGACCAAGAAGAGCUGGUGCUCUCCUCAGAAUUACAAAUGGGUGAUUUCAUUUCAAUGUAAAUAUGACAAAAUCCAUGGAGUUAGGGAGGCAUCACAGUAGCUAAAUGAUAGAUGUUAUGUUAUGCCCUGCAAGUGGUGGUCACCCGGCUUUAGUGGGAAACUGUCAAUGUGUUAAAAACGUAUCUGUAAAUUGUACAUAUAACCAUCGUUAACGGAGGUUUUUCGUAGGUAUAUAUAAUAUGUAUACAGUAUACUUUUUUAUAUUUAGGAAUUAUGUCAGAGUAACAUUCACAAUCAUUGUGUUCCCGAAAGUUCAUUGUAAAUCGAACUUUCGGUAUUAGGAACCUAUUUUACCAUAAACAGUGCAAAAUGGGUAAAUAUGUUCCCGAGCCGUAAUUUUCUGUAUCUGACCCAUUAUGUGAUUCUUGACAAGAGUUAAUUGUGUACUUACUGUGAUUGUGUUAAAAAUGGGACUGGGAAUAUUAAGUCAAUGUUAAGACAAUGUCACUCGAUUUACAAGAAGUGUUAAGAUAAUGUUUUUCUCAAGUCUGCAGAGCUAAUUGUGAAUACAUUAUUUUUUGCAAUUUUUACAUUAUGCAGUAGUCCCCCCAAAUUUGUGGGGGUUACAUUCCAAGACCACCCACGAAUUUGGAAAAAACGCGAAUUCUGGACACUGUUAAAAAAAUGC